AUGCAGGAGAUACUUCACUUGCAGCAGCAGCAGCAGCAGCAGCAAGAGCAGCUGCAGCAGCAGCAGCAGCAGCAGCAGCAGCAAGAGCACCACCAGCAGCAGCAUCACCAACUCCAGCAGCAAGAGCAGCAGCACCAGCAGCACCACCACCAGCAGCAACAGCAGAAAGACCAGCAGCACCAGCACCAGCAGCAGCAAGAGCAGCAGCAAGAGCAACAGCACCAGCAGCAGCAGCACCAGCAGCAGGAACAGCAGCAGCAGCAGCAGCAUCAAGAGCAGCAGCAGCAUCAAGAGCAGCAGCAGCAGCAGCAGGAAGAGCGUUACCUGAAUGGUCUUGAUGCAGGUGAAUGUGGUUAG